UUAUCAUAUGAAGUUGAAACCAAUCAAUAUUUGUCGAUUCCUGCUCAGCCUCAAACUUCGCUUACAUUCCUUCCAUUAAGAGUUUAUGCAAUUGAGAAAUAGACAGACAGCAACGGGACGGGGUUUUCCAGGACGACUUUUCAUGGUGAUGAAAACAAGCUGUAAGGCCUGAAAAAGGAGAGGUGAGUGAACAAAGAAGAGAGGGAAGCGGGGAUGGAUUUUGCUGCUCAUAGUAACUUGUAUUUACAGCUACAAAAUGAAUCACACUUUUAUGAAUUUUUAAACUUCAUACAGACGCCAUGAGCCAGAACAUGACAUGGGACGACACUGCAAGGAGGAACCAGGAGAUGAAAGCCAAGGCAAUGGAGAUUUGGAACCUUUUGCAUGGGAAGUGAGGUGUGGCAUUGCAGUAGUGCAGGUCUUGAGCGUACAAAAUUGUGACUCCUGCUGAUGCCGAUGCUGCUGCAAGUGACAGGAUAGAUGUCACCUGCAAAAAUCCAGAAAAAUGAUGCUGGGUUAUGAAGCUCGACCUAAGAAGAAAUGAGAAAUGAACAAUUAUGUGCAAACAUGAUGGCUGAACCAUCUACCCAUUUCUAUAGAUAUACUUAGGAGAAGAGUGCAUGAAGCUGAAAAAGAUUCUUAGUCUUUGCAUUCAAGUAUGCCAGGAAGCUUGAAGCAAAGACUAGAGAAGAAGAUAGUUAUCAACUACAUGUUUGAAGCCUUUUGUGAUCCUAUAUAGAAAUUGAAAAUGAUCACUUGAAGUAAUGGUAGGCAUUUACCCAAUCACCGACAACAAAUAGGCUCACUAAGACAGGAUUCUGCAGGCUUCUCUUUGAUUUCAGUGCAUGUAGAUCAAGGCAUGCAAGUCCAAAACUCCAUAGAACUUGAAGCCCCAUAGAUGCAAUUAGAUAGCUGAAAAUUUUGGGCAACAUAUAUAUAUCAUACAUCAAGGAACUGAGUAAAAAAAAUGUAAAUAUGGCAGCUCUUCUAAAACGUCAUAAUAUAAUCUUUCAGUUCAACUCUACUUCCAUCUUCCUUUACAGAAGUCCACAAGAGAACCCAGUAAUCAUAGCUCUAGAGCUAUUCAAGAAGUUAACUGGGAAUCAAGGAAGUUAGAAGACACAUCCAACUAAGCUAGUGAGACAAAUGUGCACAAAAACAUUCACAGGCGAAACCCUUAUGGUUUACAACACUUUCAACAAGCUGAGCACAGUUUUGCAACACUUCUAAUAAUUUGAGCCUGCUCACUUCUGCAGGCGACAGCAUAUUGCAAGCGCACUCAGUUCUUAUCUUCCUGUUUAGCAUGAAAGUGCUAAAAUUCAGUGUUCACCAUAGUUAUGGUACACGGCUCUCUGAUUUUGGUAUCAAAGCAACACUAGAAAGAGGAAAUUCAACACGAAGAGAGAUGGCCUUUCAAGAAUAAUGUUAGGGCUUUCACUGUCCAACAUUCUGUUAACCAGAUGAGUCAUGGCUGGUGAAAAUCAACCCAAGAAGCACCAUCAAUCAGAAAUCAAAACCAGCAAUGUAAAAACUAAAGAAAGAUAGAGAAAUCAGGAUCAGUAAGCAAUCAGGGAGAGGAACCUAAGAAGUAAGCUGUUACUUAAAAAAAAUCAAGCCGCAGUCUCUCAGUGAUCACAUUGAUUAACAAAAUUUCUACUAUUGAUUCAACGCCAAGAGAGCCUGAGCUCAUUACUCACAAUAUUGAUGGUACAAUCACAGCAAUUCACUACAAACCACUUUUAUAACCAAUCCAAAUAGUUCCAACCACUAAUCGCAGAUCUACUGUAUUCAGUUCUCUCUCAAAUGCAAUCACAAUCACAACACCAUCUUUCAAACUAAUCCCACAGUUCUCUCUGAAACUUUAUAAAGCCCUCCCUGGAAGAUCAAUUCCCUAACAAAACCGUAGCUUCAUUAAGGUAAACCCUUGUUUGAAUGGACCCCAUCUCUUCCCAGAUACAGAAUUCACACCAGAAUAAGCCAAUAACCCAGAAACGGACCAUUGACAAGUGAAAGCUUAACCAUAAUCAGAUUCCAAACUAUCUCACAACGAACACAAACAAUCAAUGACCACCCAACAGCUCAAACCCAUGCAACCACACCAAAUUCGGCUCUAUACAAGAAAUCCAAAAUGAAUAGAACAAAGCGAGAAAAAGAGGAAAUUUUACCAGAAAGCAGUAGAGUUGAAGAAGCCAUGGGCAGAAACCAUAACCCCAAUCGAAGCAGCUGCAAACACAAACUGCCCAACCCUCAGUCCCAAACCACUCGCCCUCCCUGGACUUCCAAACAAUUCCUUCAUCAGUCCCCCCCACGGCAACGAAAUUUACACUUCUCCCCCCGCUCCUCCUCGAACCCAAGACCCCUUUUUCACAGAAGCUCGCCGGAAAUGAACCCAACUUGGAGAAAUCGAGAAUUCCUCAUAGCAUUCUUACAAGCUCCAUGGACAGAAGAAGGGAAAUUUUCUGUCUGCCUCCGAGCUGACGGUGGAGAUCUUAUUGAUGCAGCACUUAAUGGAAGAAUGUUCUUUCCUUUCUUCCACUCCCAGAAAUUUGACGUUAUCGGCUUUUUUUUAUUGAAUCAAAGGAAUUAUAAUCAACCAAUUUGGACUUUGGACACUUCAAAUCAAAUGUAAAAAUAACAGAAAAAAGACACAGAACGAUUUUAUAAUUGCUUGUGAUGGCUCUGACAGAACUUCGCCGGUUCUCACUUCUUGCUUUUCUGACUUCUGUUUCAACUUUUGUAGGUUCUUUAUUGUCAUUUUGAUGAACGGGAAAAUUCAGUGUUGGGCUGACUUUAUUUAAGUGGGCCUAAGGCCCAGUCAAGAAGGGUUUGUGAGUAUCCGGAGAUUCCGGACCGCACCUUAAUUGGGCCGAGAAAUUCAGCCCGGAUCCUUAAACCCUAAAACUCCUGCCAAUUCCCCGUUCGUCCCCAAAAUCAGUCUCUCUCCCUAAAACCCUGAGAAUGGCGUUCAGAGCAGUGAUACGGAAAUCGGCAUCUUUGGCCCCACUCGUCGGUCGAGCUAUUGGUCGUGUUGAGGCUCGCCGGAGCUUUGGUUCGGCAAUCCUCACCGCCUCAGGCCGUCGCCGUGGCUGUCUCUGCGGGAGAGGACACCCUGCUGGGUCUUAUUUAUGCGGCUAUUCUACAGCUGUUGUGAGCAAAAAGCCCGCUGCCGCUGAGUCGCUUCUUCGAAUUGUCGAGGAUGAAAUUAAGGCAGCUCAGGAGACUGAUGAUCACGAUCGGGUUGAGGAUGUUCCAGAAGGUUUCCCUUUCAAGAUUGAGGAUAACCUGGGUCAACAGACACUAAUACUGACAAGACAGUACGAUGGUGAACAUAUGAAAGUUGAGGUGCACAUGCCUGAUCUUGUCACCGGUGAAGAGAAUGAUGUUCGAGAUGACGAUGAUGACGAUACCGAGAGGCCAACUCAGUCUAGCCUCCCGUUGGUUGUUACUGUUACCAAGAAGAGUGGAAUCUCUUUGGAGUUCAGCUGUGUUGCUUUUGCAGAUGAGAUUGCAAUUGACAGCUUGUCGGUCAAGAAACCGGAAAAAGAUUCUGAAGAAAUGGCGUAUGAAGGACCAAACUUCCAUGAUUUGGAUGAGAAUCUGAAGAAUGCUUUCCACAAGUAUUUGGAGAUACGCGGAAUCAAGCCCAGCACAACCAAUUUCCUUCACGAGUACAUGAUCAACAAAGACAGUAAAGAGUAUUUGGGCUGGUUGAAUGAACUCAAGAAGUUCGUGGAGGCGUGAGAGUUUCUCAAAAUCACUUCUUCGAUCUCGUUGAUUGAAGAAAUCUCGUGUUCAACCACUGUAGGUUUCUGAAUACAAAGUUGAGGUGCUGUCAUCAGUCAUCAACAGUAAUAGUUUUUUCACAUGUAACCAGAUGUUAUAUCAGGUUACUUCAUAGGUGGCUUUGGUGUAUAAGUAGGAACUUUGGCUCGGAGUGUGUACUCUGCUUAGUGCUUAUGCUGCUUCUACUUGCAAAACCGCCCUUUUGCCAUUUGGUGACCACAUACUAUAUUGAGGAAUCUAAGGUCCGAUGUUUCAAAGAGCUUUAUGUUGUUGAUUUCUUCUUUGGUAUACGAUUUAUUGAUAUAGGAGAAUCUGAUUAAGAGACUAUUGUUUGAAUUAUCAGAUUUAUAAUAUGAACAAUUUAUCACGCGGACAAAAUGUGACUGGGUAAUGUUGUGGCUUUUGUUUUGGGAGUAUGCAUGAAGGACAAAUUGAUUAUUAAUAAAAUGGGUUAUGAUUU